AUGCGCAUAUACGUUAUUGCCGCGGUGUCCGCGUGCUUUGGGGCUACGGUGCUCUCGCAAUCGCUCGGGAACCUGUCGGAAUCGGUCACCGAAGGAUGCACGGAAGCUUCCCCUGCCAGGGCAUCGCACCUCUUCAGUGGCAUCUGCUUGAAAGACUCCCGAAUGUCCGUUUCGAUAGCCGACGCGACCCUUGACUCAGCGAUCGCCGCCAGAGACCUCGACACUGCAACCACCGACACCGAACCCAGCUCUUCAGACCCGGCAACUCAAACCCUUACAGCAACUCUCUAUAGAGCUACAGCAGCAUCCUCAGCGGCAUACGGCGGUCUCCUUGUUGACACCGGGUCUCCCAAAACGGAAACUACGACCUCCGUGGUUUUCACCGACGACAAGGGCGCUACUAAGCCUCCGCUAGGAGCUUCAACAACUUCCAAAAGCGGAACGCGAUCUGCGUCGCCUUUUGACGGUGUCCCGCCGGCUUUCGGCAUGGUACGGCUGGGGUUGGUUACGCUUGGGAUGUGCGUUAUGGCGGUUGUUUUCGCGGAGCUGUGA